CACAGGCACGUACAGACACGCAUACACACAGAUACAUGUAGAUACACAGAAAUACACAUGCACAGACACAUGUACAUACAUACACAGACACAUGUACACACAGAUACAUGUACGUACAUACACACACACAGACACAUGUACACACACACAGACACAUGUACAGAUACACACAUGUACAUACACGCAGACACAUGUACAAUUGUACAUGCAUACACAGACACACACAAACACACACACACACAAUAAAAAGUUGCAGUACUUCAUUGUUCACUCACAGAUCCGGGUACUGCACUCUAGGGGGAGGCAGAAGAGCGCAGCACACACUCCUUGCUUUGCUUUCAUAGCGCUCAGCUAUUGAGCAGUCUGACGGCUCCCAGUGCCAAUGACAGAUCCGGCCUAGACUCCGAGCCUGCUCAGCAAGACGGCCCUGGGGAACACACUCGUCCCCACCAUAAUUUCCACUCGCCAUUGGCGAGCAGGCGAGUGGAAAUUUCAAGCCCUGUAUAUAUAUAUACAUACUAUGUAA